AUGAAACAAAUUUAAUUACUGCUCCUACUUAAUUUAGCCGUUGUUGUCUUUUCACAAACAACUAACUCUACUGAAAUCUAAUAAGAAUAAACAUCAGGUCAAAAAUCUAACCCCCUUAACUGUACUGAUACAUAAAUAGCUGUACAUGGAACAUGUGUAGAAGCUGGCACCUGUGCCUCAAAACUUAACUAUUUCAAAUAAAAAAAAUAGAGUUCUGGUGCAGAUUAACUACCAAACAAACCAGAAUUUGAAAUAACAUUAGAAAAUGGUAAUCUUAAAGUAUAGAUCAAAUUCUAAAACUCCGUUGGAUUAGAAACAGCACUAGAAGCUGUUGAAAGUUGUUUAUAGGUUAGUCUUUAUAGAUUUACUGUUGGAUUUUUAAAUGAAACCAAAGACACUACUUCUACUUUGACAUCAGUAUUAAAUGCUGAUAAUUCACGAUCAUGGUUUUUCAUCAUAGAUAAAAGGUAUUUAAUCUUAAUAUCAUUAAAUAGUAAUUUUGACAACUAUUUGGCUAAGGAUGCACAAACCAAUUACAUUGUCUAUUCAGGAUUUUAUGCUGUAAAUGUAGAUGCCAUUACAUCCACAUAUACAAAAUAAAUUGCAUCUUUUGCUUUCAAUUUUGCUGCCAACCUGACUAGUGAUUUGUCCACUUUGAACAAUUUUGUAUUUUAACCUAAGCUCAGAGGGGAACCAGUAUGUGCUGAUUCUGCCUAAACAAAAUGUGUUCAAUAGGCUGCCUCUAAAUUAGAAUUAUGUGGAACUGAUCCAACUUGUGAAACCAUAGUCACCAAUCCAGAACUAGUAGUAAAUGAAACUAUUUAUUUCAAAUAAUCCAUAACUGAAAAUGGAUUUACUGAUGGUAAUUGGCAUCCAGGAGAUGCUUAAAUUACUGUUACAGCCAAUGGAGUUACCAAAUAAGUUAAGCCUAAGUUAUAUAAUUAAACAGCUGAUGGUACCAUCUACUAGGUCAAAUUCAGAUUUAUUGCAAAUAAUGUAUCUAUUGCAUCAGAUGCUGUUUUACUCUAAUCAUCUAAUAGAAGACUUCUUACUGAUGUUUCAGAUGCCUCAGCUGUUGCAGCUGUAUCAUCUUCAUGCAUUAAAGAAUCUACUGAUGCAGCUUGUCCAUCUGAUACAGAAGUUUUGACUUACAAUUCUGAAAAUUGUUCUGGAAUAUCUUGUGAUGUAGAUGAAACAUCAAUAUAAGUCAUGAUUGGUAUUACUCUCUUAGGAUUGAUAAUGCUAUCUCUAUUAUGA